ACUUUAUUUCAAUUAAAUGCUGUCUCAAAAUUAACCCAACAAAACCACCUUCUCCUUCUCAAACAUCUCUUAUUCCAUAGCAUAUACAUUUCUAUGGCGUCGAUGUCCUCGUCGCCGCCUCUGUUAUACGGCGUACUCGGAGGACCUGUCCCCGCCGUAGAAGUUAAUGGAAGUGAACGCUCGCAUUCCUCGUCUUCUUCAAUUGAAAGUGGGAAGUCGAGUAUUAUAAUAAUAAUUUUGAUCCUAUCCAUUACGCUGCUUGUUUCGGUUUCUCUCUGUCUUCUUUUGCGGCAAUUGAACCGGCGUUGCUUGCGUCACCUAUCUCGUUCGUCGACUUCUACAAUCAUCGCCUCUGCCUCCAGCCACCACCACCACCGUGUCAGUCCGGAGCAAUCGCCGACGGCUUUGUUGCUUGAUUCUCUUCCUCUUUUCACUUUCUCUUCCAUUACUAGCCGCUCCAAUAACAAUUCGAAGACCGGAGAUUGUGCUGUUUGUUUAUCGAAGUUUGAACCGGAGGAUCAAUUGAGGCUGCUCCCUCUCUGUUGCCACGCGUUCCACUCUCAUUGCAUUGAUACGUGGCUUAGCUCGAACCAGACUUGUCCUCUAUGCCGCUCGCCUCUGUUUGCUUCCGAGUCGGAUCUCAUCAAGUCAUUGCUUCAGUCGUCUAAUGCGACUGAACCGAUCGGAAGUGGCCGCAGAGAUAGUUUCCAGGUCGAGAUCGGCUCCGUAAGUCUCCGACGACAACCAGGAUCUGAAUCGGGUGAGCAAAGAAGGUCUUACUCCCUCGGCUCAUUUGAUUACAUAAUAGAGGAAGAAACAGAGGUGACCAGGAAUCAAACGCAUCAAAGAAACGUGUCCUAUAAGGAAGAGGUCGCCGGUGCUGAGGCAGCUUCGGAAGCGAGCCUCGCCGCAGAGGUCGCUACCGGAAGGAAUUGGCUAAAGGAAUACCUUGAUAGGCUCUCAUCUUCGUUCUCGUCUCGUGCGUUAUCUUUUCGUAGUUCAGGCAGGUUCUUUACGGGGAGCAGUCGCCGAAGCGAUUUCGCCGGCUCAGUCGGAGAUUAUGACGUGGAAGCCAAUCGCAUCGGCGAGGAAAUCAGCGAAAUGUUUCGGUGGUUUUCAGGUGUAUAAUAGUAAAAAUCUUAUUCGAACUUUGACGUAGGGACAUACCCGCCGUUUUCUGCUUUUCGUUUUGAUUAGUUUACCUUACUCUACCUUUUGCUCAUUCCACUCUUUUCCGGAUCGAGAAUAUCGUAAUUCGUAUACGUCAGAUAGUGAGCAAAAAGUUUAAGAAAUAGAGUGGACAUAGCAAAAUUUCUGAGUGCAGGCGUUUUACUUUUUACCGAUUUACCCGCUGUAGAUAAAG